AUGGCUAAGUCAGAGCGCAUUGUUAUCGUUGGUGCCGGAGCCUUUGGCCUCAGUACGGCCCUGAGAUUGAAGGAAGAGGGGUACACAUCUGUCACGGUACUUGAUCGCUCUAUGCCACCCGUUCCAGAUGGAUCAAGCAACGACAUUUCUCGUAUCAUCCGAUUUGAUUACGGAGACGCUAUCUAUGCCAACAUAGCAAAGGAAGCAUUCGAACUCUGGAAGACCCCCGAGUAUUCGGACGCAUUCUAUCAGACUCCAUGCCUCUGGGUAUGUCAAGAUGGCACACCAGAACAGCCUGUGCAGCCCAAAGCCAAAGAAUAUAGCGACAAGACGAAGCGUGUUUUGAGUGAAAUGGGCCAAGAAUGGCACGCGGUCAAAAGCGUAGAGGAGGCCAAGGAAACGUUCCCCAAACUCACCGGCCGCCUUGCAAAUCCCGGGUUUGAUGGCUUCUACAACAAUGCCGCCGGAUGGGCUGAUGCAGGCAAAGCUAUCAGCCGACUGGCGUCUCGCUGUAUCUCGGUGGGUGUUUCCUUCAUCGCAGGUCCAAAUGGCCAGGUCAUCGACUUCGAGAAGGACCAGGAUGGAAACAUUAAAUCCGCCAUGACUGCAGACGGUAACAAAUUUGCCGGAGAUAAAUUCAUCGUGGCUACUGGUGCUUGGACUGCCAGUUUAGUGCCUGCUUGGAAUUCCAUGCUGGCUGCCGGCCAGCUUGUUGGCUACUUGAAAUUAACACCGGAAGAGGUCAUUCAACUGAAGGACUUGCCCAUCUAUUUUAACUUUUCAACUGGCUUUUUUUGCUUUCCUCCACACGAGGCGACUGGCUACUUGAAGGUCGCGGUCCACGGAUUGGGCUAUACACGCAACAACAACUCCGCGAAUGUAUCCUCGCCGCCUACGAAUCCUGUCGCUUCUCGCGCCAACUAUGUUCCCGAGGAAGGCUUGAAGAGAAUGCAAGCUGGUUUGCAAGACCUUUUCCCACAUCUGGCAUCAAGGGGAUUUGAGCGAACUGGAAUUUGCUGGUAUAAUGACACACCCACCGGUGAUUUCAUCUUCGACUUCCAUCCCGACCACAAAAACCUCUUCAUCGCUACCGGUGGCAGUGGACAUGCCUUCAAGUUUCUUCCCGUCAUCGGAAAAUACAUCAGCGCGGCUAUGCAGCGUAGCCUGCCAAGCGAACUACUCAAAAAGUGGAAAUUCCCCACCGAAUUUCGCGAGGGUUUCAGAGAUGAAGUAUUUGCAGGAGAUGGUAGCCGUGGCGGACCUGCAAGACGAGAAUUGACUGCGAAGGAGCGAGCGACCUUCGACUCUGCACUCAACUUGUCCUCUCGACAAAGCAAAAUCUAA